UACGGUGGUAGAAACGCGUUGAUGGAAAGGAGAGCUGCAAAGUCAAAGAAUGAUGCAAGGUGGUGCCGGCAGAUCGGGCCUUUUUCCAAAGACACGUCCCAAUUCGGUAAUCGCAACAGUCAAACCUGUGGGUCCCGCGAUCGCGCACGCUCUACAAACUGCGGAGCACACGUGCAUCACCGCCGCGAUAGUAUAAAGAGACCUGACGCCCUGUCCGCAGCUAUUUCCAAAAAGAAAACAAAACCACAGUCCUGCAAAUUCAACUCCAACAAUGGCAACAACAGCCACCUCCACGCCCGCAUUCAAGCCCCUCGGCGAAGCACCGCGCGGCAUCGACGACAUCGCAGCGCAGGAACGCGCAUCCACCCUCCCGUACUGGAACGCCACCGUCGCCUUCCAGCUCGGAUGUGCGCUGCGCACGCGCCUGCUGGCCUUUGACGCACCGGCCGUCGUGCACAUCUCCACCCUCAGCACGCCGCCGCACGUGCUGUUCCACUGCGUCACGCACGCGGGCACGGCGCUGGACAACGAUUUCUGGGUCGCCCGCAAGCGGAACACGGUUAUCCGGUGGCAGGCUAGCACGUGGCGGCUGCACAACAAGUUUGGCGGCGAUGAGGACUUGUUCAGGGCAAAGUUUGGGCUGGGUGCGUCGGCGGGCGAGUAUGCGAUUCAUGGCGGUGGAGUGCCGGUUUUUGUUAGCGGCGUGGAGGGCCCGGUUGCGGUUGUUGUUGUUAGUGGGUUGAAGCAGUGGGAUGAUCAUCAGGUUGUUGUUGAAGGGCUGGCGGGGGUUUUGGCUGAGAUGGAGGGGGGCGUUGCUGCGUAGAGUGGGUUUGGAAAGUAAAGAGAGAUUCCAUGAGUCGCGAUUGCGAGACUGCGGACAUUGGUCGCUGGUAAAUGUCGCUCACUCGUCGGGUUACCACGUCGGCGCGAUUGGAUUUGUCUUGCAAAGCCCGUCGAGCGCUUCGACGACCGGAGCGACCGUGUCUGUAGGAGUCGGCCGUGAUCGUUGUGCGACUGUGCUGUUGCUUUGCGGAACCGUGCGUCAGCCACCU